GCAAGUAGACGCAUAUGGGGUGACGUCCGUCACGCGUAGAUAGAGGAAACUGUAACGUUGUUAUAAGAGAACCAACUACCCGGGUUCAGGACAGACUUAUUGGAUAGUAACACAUUCACACGUACCGAAAUUCCUCAACAUCCCCACCAUUCCUCUCUCCGGUCUCAUCUUCACCAUGGGCCGCCUCUCCCUCUUCGUCACGGCCUUCCUAGCCGCUUGCGCCUCGGCGAAUCCCGCGCGGAAGACGGGUGUCACGGGCGUCUUCGACAUCCCCGGCGCCAUGACGUUCUCCAACCAUCAGACCUGGGACUUCAGCACACUGUCCGACGGCGCCAAGCUCCCCAGGGGCCUGUGGGCGAGCGAGUACCCUGUCGAGGACACGCACGAGUACUUGAAGAAAAACGUCUUCAUCCAGGGAGGCUACCUCAACCUACGGGUCGACGGUGGCCAGACGGCGAUGCCAUACAGCUGCGGCGAGGUCACCACCAAGGUGUCGAACAUCAGGUACGCUUCCGUCCGGACCGUCGCCGUCUUCUCCGAGACCCCCGGCGUCUGCAAUGGCAUGUUCUUCUAUGCGGACAACAACCAGGAGACGGACAUUGAGUGGCUGUCUGACCCGCAGUCCCAAAGCAAUAACGGCGAUCUCAAGCUCUGGUUCGAGAACCAGGCUACGGACAGCAGCAUCGCCAAGACUGUCUUCAACGUGACGGCGCCCGCAAGCCCGACCACCACCGGGCACGAGUACCGCCUCGACUGGCUGAGCGACCGUGUCAACUUCUACGUCGACGGCGUGUUCAUCCAGGAGAUAGAUCAGAACGUGCCCAGCGCCCCCGGCUCUUGGGUCUUCAACAACUGGGCCAACGGGGACCCGGGCUGGACCGCCGGUCCCCCGGCCGAGGAUGCCUUGUUCAAAAUCAAGAAGAUUGACAUGUACUACAACACCGCGUAGAGCGGAGUGUGUGAAGGGGUGUAAUGCAAUUUGUUGUAUUUCUGGGCGAUGGCCCUCAUCACGCCAGGCGUGUGCGGAACUUCUGGGGGUGACUGAUAUAACACAACGGGAAAGGCGCAAAAAAGUACGAAUUGGGGGUAUUAGUGCUGGUU